AAAGUGAAAAGCGUGGUAAAAUUUGAAAAAAAAAAAAAAAAAUAGAGUUUAUCAAAGGGGUCAGGAAAAUCUCAGGGGUGUUAUGGAAACACGCGUUCGAAAGGGUGGAAAAGAAAAGAUGCGCACGCAUGCGCGACGAAGGGCGACGCGUUCGGGAAUCGUGGCGGGCCAAGCGAUAUCCAUUCAGUUCACCGGUACUAUUUGCUCGUGACGGUCGUCAUUAUUUGGGAAAUCCGGCCGGUUCGUAUUUCUCGUCCUCGCCUGUGUAUUCCCGACUCCUGUUUCAUGUUUCGAAAUCCGAUUUCGAUACGAAUUACACGCAAACGCGAUGUGUCGUGGUAAAAGUGUAAAGAAAAUUCGUAUAAGGAAGAAACAGGCGUAGAAGAAGUUUGUGAAGUUUCAUGACCAAGUGAUACGACGAAAAUAAAAUAUUCCCUUAUUUAUUAAAAUAAUUAUAUCAAGAGUCGACAAAUUAAUUCUAUGUCUACAAAUAAUGGAAUACGCGAACGGUAUAUUUAUUCCCGACUACCGAUACAUUUAUUUAUCUUUACAUCUCUGAAGAGAAUAAUUGCUUCGUCAUUAAUCAAAAUCAAGAAGAACAGAGAAUGAUUAAUACUGUUCUUCUAAAGCGAGAGCAACAAGAAUCGACAGGUAAAGAUAAUUUUUCAUAAGAGGGUGAAAUCGUGUCGGGUAGAAUGAAACGAUUUUGUACGAUGUUUAAUUACGGUAUAAUUAAAGACGAGAAAUGUUUGAAAAUGAGCUUUCGUUCAUCUUGUUUGCGGAACCGGAAGGCGUGAGCCACUGGCGGUAUAAAGUAAACAAUCAUCGCAAACAGUAUAAUGAAUUUCGACAUUAAUUAGAGACGCAGUGUUUCAUUGAUGUUAAUAUGAUAUUCGAUUAAAUAUUCUCAAAUAGAAAAUUUCAAUAAAACUGUAGUUAGUUCAGGUUAAUUAUUCGGGUUACAUGGAAACUAUUUUCGGAUGCGAAAAUUAAUAGAGAUCGUUAGGGUAGGUCGUUUCGUGAACGCAAUUCAUAUCUAAUUGGCACGUACGAUCGGAUGAAAGGAGCUAGAAUUAGAUUUCGAAUAGAUUUCGAUAGCAUAAAAGUUAAUUGAUGUCAACCGACCGACCCAUAUACUGCACUUAUGGAAGAUAGACAGCAGAACGGUGCAAUGAAUACGGGGGUGGAAACGUUUGUCUCCCGUGGAUAGAUUCACCUCUGGAAUAAGAAGUAUUUCCACGAUAAAUUGGAAACGUUUCUUUAUUUUUAUCGCGUUUCUUUUAAACAAAGUAGCCACGAAUAUUCGAUAGAAAAAUAAAAAAAAAGAAGUGGGUGAAAAGGAUGAAAGGGGACCAAAAGGGACACGAAUGAAUUAAAUUUGAAAUUCAUCAUUCCGAAGGAUCCACCAAAGUGUUAACUUAAAAACAAAACCCGUGUUCCGCUGGGUUGACAACUGAUUAACGUUGUUGCAAGUGUGGUUGGAAGGAAGCGAAGAAGCAGUUUAUAAUGUCACUUAAUACCGGCGCGUUAACGAAAGCCACGGUUGCCUGGAAGUUAAAGGAAACCGUAUCAUCCUACGCUCGUUCAACGGGCCUGACGUUUUUCCUUCAACGAUACCCCAUGGAUUUUGCUCGUUCGAUUGCGCGCCUGUUCGCCGCUGUUUGCCCAGUUUCGCCGCCGAUUCGCGUCGGUUCGAACGUCAAGCUGCCGACAUAAAAAACAGAAGUUAUCGACUCCGAUGACCGAUGACGCGCCACUUGUAACCCGGUGAUCUGUAAAUAAUGUAACUUGCUUACUUUUUUUCUUUUCACGCGUGUCACGUGGUGCGGGCGCGCGUGUGCGCGUGUAUGAAUCGUAGCAGAGAUCGUCGCGCGAAUACAGAGUGCGCGAGGGACAUUGGAAAAAUCGUGGCGAGAACGUACGCGAUGAACGAUUGAUGCGAAGCAAGUAUCGUGACAUCGUUGCGACACCAGCGACGAAAGGACACGCGAUUGAAAAGCUUCCUGACCAAGGACCCAGACCGGACGAAAAUGUUGUCCACCGUGUCCAGCGUGUCCCUCGAAUUCAAUUCCUCCUACUAUGCGACCGUGAUUGGGAACAACAGUCUCGAUGGAUUAUCCGUGAUCGAGUCUGAGAAUUCAACGAAAGGACUUUACAUGUUGCCAGCUUACAUUCGCACCACGUCCAUGGUUGUCUGCAUAAUAGUGAUGGCCCUCGGUAUAGUGGGCAAUCUUAUGGUGCCAUUGGUGGUAUUCCGGGGUAAGGACAUGAGGAACAGUACCAACAUCUUCCUGGUGAAUCUGAGCGUGGCCGACCUUUGCGUUCUACUCAUCUGCACGCCCACCGUCCUCGUCGAGGUCAAUUCCGGGCCGCAAGUAUGGCCACUCGGCGAACACAUGUGUAAAGCAGUGCCGUUUGUCGAGUUGACUGUGGCCCAUGCAUCGGUUCUUACAAUCUUGGCGAUCAGCUUCGAACGAUAUUACGCGAUCUGCGAACCUUUACGAGCAGGAUACGUAUGCACGAAGGCCAGAGCCACGUUCCUUUGCCUGCUGGCGUGGGUGGCCGCGGCACUUUGCACGAGCCCCAUCCUGCUGAUGGUCAGCUACGAGGUGGAGAAGAACACGGACGGUACGUACAUUUCCACCUGCAACAUCGUAGCGAACUCGGACUGGGCGAGCGGUUUCAUCGUGACGACGAUACUCGUGUUCUUCGUGAUACCCCUGCUGAUCCUGGUGAUACUGUACACGGUGAUCGCGAGACACCUGAUGACGAAUCCAACGAUAAGCCGCGGUUCGUCGAACAAUUUGCUCAAAUAUCGCAAACAGGUGAUGCUGAUGUUAGGUACGGUGGUGCUCUGUUUCUUUUUGUGUUUGCUACCGUUCAGAGCAUUCACCCUUUGGAUCCUGGUCGUGCCGCCCAAGAUGAUCACCGAUCUGGGUAUCGAGGGUUACUUCACCCUUCUGUACUUUUGUCGAGUGAUGCUCUACCUGAAUUCCGCCAUCAAUCCGAUCCUUUACAACCUGAUGUCCACGAAAUUUCGCGAAGGUUUCCUUAGGCUGUGCGGUCUAGCUCCGACCAGGAGGAAAAAGAAGAAAACCUCUGGCGACAAGACUGGCACCUAUACCACUGGUUCCACUAACUGCAGCAGCAAUCAUUCGGAUUUCUGGAGGAGACACAGCAGCAACAAAAGCAGCAGCGUUAAGGUACCGAGCAGCAAUUCGAGCGGGGAGAAACAGAUCAAACUUCCGCUUCAGACGGCGGUCGUUAGCGGUAACAUUGUCAGAAAGAAACAGGAGAGUUAUGUUUGAAGAGACAGAGGGGUGGUUAUUUGAGACUGUGAUCGUUCGCACCAUUCCGUAAUAUUAAUAGUAACCUAGAUGUCGUUCGUACUCGUAUGUAGAUUGAGUUUCAUAUUUCACCGGUGUAAAUUGAUAUCCGAGGUUUGUAUUGUCUUGAUGAAAUCCAAAAAUAGAUUAUAUUUUUAACUCUUCAGACGAUGAAGGGUUAUUUUGUAAUUAACAAUGAAAGCGAAGCGAGUACUAAUUUGCAUAGGACUAUGAACGAUACGCUAAUUACGUAGAAUUUUGGAAUCUGUGAUUACUAAUUAAGCGAACGUAUACCGUGUAAGUAUUAUAACGAAGGAACUAUGAAUAAGUAUGCCUCUAGCUUUACGGGAUUUGUAAUUAAAUUGUACCAUAACUUGCUGUGCAAUUUCUCGUGCAGAUAGAAUUGUGUAAUUUUUUAAGAACCAGAAGGGAUCUCAAUUUAUAGCUUUACUUUAAUUAGAAUUCUUUUUUUUUACAAUUGUUAAAGAGUAAGAGUGUAUAAACGAGUAUGUUGAGUUCCUAUUAUUUUUAACAAGUAUAGUUUACUCGGGUGCUGUGUUUUAUCGUCUGAUAUUAAUCAAGGUUUCCUCUGUAUUCUAGAGAUCAGAGGUUUAUAGUCAUUCUGAGAAUGUCAACGAUAUAGAAUAAGAGAAGACAGCAAGAGGAGAGACUUCAAUUCCUGAAAAUGUAAUGUAUACAAUUUGUUUCACUAGUACAAUAACACGUAGGAUUUUUUAAUACAGCUUUUGCAUAAACGUAACACGAUUUUUCUAUUUAUUAAAGUCACAGUAUCUGCUAAGAGUUUCGUGUUGAACGCUCUCCUCGCUUUAGAAUAAUGCAGGACAUUUAUUACAAUAACUAAAUGUAUUUUUUCAAUGAAUAGAUAUAACGUUUUUCAUGCACUGAAGAAACAUUGAACGAGUGGUGAGACUAGUCUACAAGCUUUAAAUUAUUUAUUUCAUCAACGAUUAAUGUAAAUUAAUAUUUUUCUUAUCGCGAUGGUGGAAAGUUACUAAAAACUUUAUUGCUCAUAACGUGGCAAUAAAUAGUAAGUUAAUUUAAUUAAUAUGUAUGUAUAUUAAAUCAUUCCAGUGAUACAGGAAGUGUAGAUCAUUAUCUUUUGAUUCGUUACGUGUACAAAAACUUAGUAAUUAUUUCACAGAUCAUUGGAUACAGAAUGAACACAAAAUCAGAUCAAUAUGAAACUCUUAAAAAAGAGAAUUAAUAACAUUUAGUAUGAAUUAUUUCGUUGCCAUACGAAUUUUCAUUUGUUCCUAACUAAGUUUAUUUUCAGUCGUUUAUAAAUCAAUACUGGUGCUGAUUUUUACAAAAUGUCUACGAAAAAAGAUAUUUUAUUUUAUUAUGACGAGAUGUAUGUUCCUGUAAAUAUUUUGUAAAAUAAAAACAAAAUAAUAUUAACAAGAACGAAAUUCUAACACUGUACUACAGACAAGGAACAAAAUGACUAGUAACAAAGGAAACAACUUACAGACGAAAGAAAUUAUCUAAAAAUUAGAAGAAAAAUACCCUGAUGAAUGUUACACGCGUCUAUCGCGUUACAAGCCAAGGAACAAGAUUAACGAAUUCUAUGCUUCUAUUAGUAUUAAUAAUAAAUGCAACUAAUUACCAUGUCGAAUUAAACGUGUCAUAGUUGUAUUUCGUGAAUAUUAUAUCGUUAGCCAGACGAUCGGAUCUAACGAGGAAGGAAUGAACGUAAUAACCCUUCGAUUCCAUGAAAUCGAUCAGCUUCUUUUUACCAGAUGCAACGUGAGCGUACUCCACCGAUAGCGUCUGAAAAUGUUCAUUCAAUUUAAGUAAUUGAUCGAUCUUGAUCAUUGAUCUAAGUCGAUUGGAAUUAAUUUACCUCGAUGUUUAUCUCAUCGAACGGAAUCGUUUUCAGUACCUCAAGCUCGUGGCCCUCGAUAUCAAGACUAAAAUAAUUAACAGUGGUCACGUUAAGAGCUCCCAUCAAAUGAGCGAAUGGAAAACAUUGGACUUUGAUGUGAACACCACUGUACGCAACAUCCUUUGAAUUUGGCAUUGUGUUGUCUGCAUUUGGGUCGUGAAGACGUCCUACAUUGUCAGCCAUCAGGAAAGUAUUCUAAAGAUCAUUCAAAAGGUAAAUUAUGUAUCAACGUAUACAUAUAAAUUAUAUAUGAUUUUAAAUCUGAUUUCACUCGUUCGGAAUAAUUUGUUCAGUGACAAAGUACGAACUUUCGUACCACCGUGGGAUAUGGCUGAAGACCAAGGCAAAUAGGCGAUAGGUAAGACUUCCGGUUCUUCAGUAUCAUCUUACUGAAGUUGAUGGAAUCAGCUUCUACCAGGAGACCUGUCCAAUCGAGAAAUCGUUCCAGGACCAACGUGUUACUUCGUGUUUCUCCAUCAUAAGCACCACAUUCCACGAAGAAUCCAUUCUUCUAUAGAUAUAAUUUAUUAUACUAAAUCUUUUGUCAUGAUUACUGACUUGUGUUAAAAGAUGUGCAUCCUGCCCCUGCGGUACUGUUACUUUCUCAGCGUAGGUACCUCACUUACCGACAAGGAAAAUGAUUCAGUUACCUUAUCUUGGAAAAUUUUACGAAUAACACUGGCUUGACCCAUGGAUGGAUCCUCGAUCUCUGGAUGCUCCAAAUUAUAAGGUUUAUUUGAAUUAUGUUUCCACAAUAUCCAAUUCUGUCGGAUUUCGGUCAUAUAACGCUUCCAACUUUUUGAGUCCGAUUUCGAGAAUAUUCUACUAUUGUACCAUUUAUCAUCUACAAAAAUAUGUUAAAUAUCACAUAUCGUUAAGUUCUAUAAAGAACAAACACUGACACAAAUUGGAAUGAUAUAAACUGAGUGAGUCAGUAUGAGUUGUAAGUUAAUGGAGUAUUAGCGUUCAAUAUCACAAACAGUAAAAACAAUCAACCUUCACGGCUGUUACAAAAAUUGAUUACAGGUAAAAUUGAAAAGAUAUUGAACGUAAAUGAGAAAAAAGUUGCAAAAAUGAUUUUCGAAACUCACCGUCGGUAAGGUUAUACCAUCUGUUGGUAACUGCAAGAUCAUAUUACAAAUAGAAUGCAAUAAAAUAGUAAGUUUUUUCUUAAACAAAAUCCACGUAUCAGCAAGAACAUUAUCAUCGGGAUUAGAUAAGGAAAGUGCAGCUUGAUGUAAAAUCUACAUUUAAACGCAUCGAUUUGACUGAAGAAAUUCGAACUUUCAAACUUUUUAUUUCAUUUCAAAUUUAGAUCAAAUUCAAUUCAAUUUCAAAUAAAUUUCCCGCCAAAUAUUUCGAUCUUCCGCAAUAACAAUAUCUUUGCCGAUACACAAUAGAUAAAAACUUACCCUCCUUGUAAACAUUUCUUAAUUCACCGUCCAUAUUAAUAUUCGGUUCUAUCGAAUUUUGUGAGAUAUCUGGAUUGUACGUUGAUUCUCGUAACAAUAAUAACAUAAUUGACCCUCCAAGUACAAAACCCA